AUGGCUCAGACCAGCAUCAGGAGACCCACCACAAGCAGCUCUGUAACAGACUACCACCAGCAUCAGGAGACCCAUCACCAGCAGCCCUGUAACAGACUACCACCAGCAUCAGGAGACCCAUCACCAGCAGCCCUGAGACCCACCAUCAGCAGCCCUGUAACAGACUACCACCAGCAUCAGGAGACCCACCACCACCAGCAGCUCUGUAAUGGCUCAGACCAGCAUCAGAAGACCCACCACCAGCAGCCCUGUAAUGGCUCAAACCAGCAUCAGAAGACCCACCACCAGCUGCCCUGUAAUGCCUCAGACCAGCAUCAGGAGACCCAUCACCAGCUGCCCUGUAAUGCCUCAGACCAGCAUCAGGAGACCCACCACCAGCUGCCCUGUAAUGGCUCAGACCAGCAUCAGGAGACCCACCACCAGCUGCCCUACCAGCAUCAGGAGACCCACCACCAGCUGCCCUGUAAUGGCUCAGACCAGCAUCAGGAGACCCACCACCAGCUGCCCUGUAAUGGCUCAGACCAGCAUCAGGAGACCCACCACCAGCAGCUCUGUAAUGGCUCAGACCAGCAUCAGGAGACCCACCACCAGCUGCCCUGUAAUGGCUCAGACCAGCAUCAGAAGACCCACCACCAGCAGCCCUGUAAUGGCUCAGACCAGCAUCAGAAGACCCACCACCAGCUGCCCUGUAAUGGCUCAGACCAGCAUCAGGAGACCCACCACCAGCUGCCCUGUAAUGCCUCAGACCAGCAUCAGGAGACCCAUCACCAGCUGCCCUGUAAUGCCUCAGACCAGCAUCAGGAGACCCACCACCAGCUGCCCUGUAAUGGCUCAGACCAGCAUCAGGAGACCCACCACCAGCUGCCCUGUAAUGGCUCAGACCAGCAUCAGGAGACCCACCACCAGCAGCUCUGUAAUGGCUCAGACCAGCAUCAGGAGACCCACCACCAGCUGCCCUGUAAUGGCUCAGACCAGCAUCAGGAGACCCACCACCAGCUGCCCUGUAAUGGCUCAGACCAGCAUCAGGAGACCCACCACCAGCUGCCCUGUAAUGGCUCAUACCAGCAUCAGGAGACCCACCACCAGCUGCCCUGUAAUGGCUCAGACCAGCAUCAGGAGACCCACCACCAGCUGCCCUGUAAUGGCUCAGACCAGCAUCAGGAGACCCACCACCAGCUGCCCUGUAAUGGCUCAUACCAGCAUCAGGAGACCCACCACCAGCUGCCCUGUAAUGGCUCAGACCUCUGUUAA